AUUUUAAGUGGGUUUGCUCUGUUCGUGUAGUCCCAUCAAUCAUAAUCACACAGAAAAAAAACUCCCAAAGAGAAAGACUUUUUGAGUGUAAAGUACAAAUGGGAGGAGGAGACCCGAUGGAUCAUCACUAUCAUCGAAUCUCCGCCACGAAAUCCGACGGUGUGGGACAGGGGAAGCUCUACUCUCCUGACCACGCGAUCAAAGUCGCUACGAAACUCGACGAAAACGUGGGACAGGUCCAGGGGGAUCUGUAUUCUCCUGACCACGCGAUCAAAAUCGCUACGAGCCCUGAGGAGGAGAAGCAGAGGAUGUUGGGGAUGAAGGACAAAGUAUUGGAGAAACUAGCCGCUGCUGCGGUUCCGUCGGAGUCGCUGGAGAACGCUAAACAGUUUUUGGAAGGCGUGAUUAAGGACUUCGCCGGGGCGGCGCAGGGGAUGACUAAAGACGCGUUGCACCGGAUUAAAACCCAUCUCGCUGUUAUUCUUCCCUCUGUCUCUCCUUCCGUCACCGGAAAGAUCGUGGACGAUGCGGAGAAGGAGGCCAUUAACGGAGAGGAAGAAGAAGAAGAUGAGAGAAAGCCAAAAGCAAGCUCCAGAGAUGGAUCCGCCGGAGAGUUGCCUUUCUCAAAGCUUUGACGGAUGAUCUGAGAUGGAUACUAUGUCAUGUUUGCUAAUAAUGAGUUAAAGAUGCACACUUUACAUGUUCUAGUUCUAGUGCAUAGUUCCAUAAGAAUUAUACUUUUUUUUUAAUUAUAAAAAUACAGAAAUCAAGAAUCCGUAACA